UUGGAGCUUUGGUUAUGACUUCCUCACUCGCCCGAGUGUCAGCAAGCAGACCAGUGGACGAGGCUUGGUCCCAGACACACACAUAAACACACACCUGUCAUCAGUGAGUGGAGCCCCCAAAGACCAGACGGUGAAAUUGUAAAGGACGGCAGAGAAACUGAGAGAUACCUGGGAGAAAGACAGAUUUGAACAUGGACUUCCUCCUCAACUUCCUGUUUAGCCCUCUGCCCACCUCGGCCAUCGUCUCCCUGUUUGCCUUGAUGGGGGCUGCCCUGGUCUACCUCAACACCAGGCCUAAACCCCUCACUAUGCCUGCAGACCUCAACUGCCAGACCGUAGGAGUCAAGGAUGGAGCGAGGAAAAGUGCCCUGCAAGAAGAUGACAACCUGAUGUCGUAUUUUCAUGACGACGUCAGAACACUGUACGAAGUUUUCCAGAGAGGACUACAAGUCUCAGGUAAUGGACCCUGUCUAGGCUACAGGAAACCAGGGCAACCGUACCAGUGGCUGAAAUACAAACAGGUGUCCAAUCGGGCUGAGCACCUUGGGUCAGGGCUGAUCCAUAGGGGCUUGAAGCCGACCCCUGAUACCUUCAUUGGUAUCUUUGCUCAGAACAGACCAGAGUGGAUUAUCAGUGAGCUGGCCUGCUACACCUAUUCCAUGGUGGCGGUGCCCCUGUACGACACCCUGGGACAUGAGGCACUGGAGUUCAUUAUUAAGAAAGCGGACAUCUCCACAGUGCUGUGUGACAAACAGAACAAAGCCGAGACACUGCUGGAAAACUGUGAGAAGGGAGAGACGCCUGAACUCAAAACCAUUAUCAUCAUGGAUGCCUUUGACACCGAGCUGACCGCACGGGGCGCAAAGUGUGGAGUGGACAUUCUGUCCCUGAAGGAAGUGGAGGCUUUGGGGAAGGACCAUCUACACAAGCCAGUUCCACCAAAGCCAGAGGACCUCAGCAUCAUAUGUUUUACCAGUGGAACUACAGGUGACCCUAAGGGAGCCAUGCUGACUCAUGAAAAUGUGGUCUCAGAUGCAGCAGGUGUGAUUAAAACCUUUGAGAUUUCCGUGGUUCCUACUACUCAGGAUGUGUCCAUCUCCUUCCUGCCUCUGGCACACAUGUUUGAGAGGGUUGUACAGACAGUGAUGUACGGUGCUGGGGCCAGGGUUGGAUUCUUUCAGGGAGACAUUAAACUACUGCCAGACGACAUGAAGAACCUGCAGCCCACCGUCUUCCCCGUGGUGCCGCGACUUCUGAACCGCGUAUAUGACAAAGUCCAAAGUGGAGCCCAGACCCCCUUCAAAAAAUGGCUCCUGAAUUUUGCCAUUGAUAGAAAGCUUGCCGAAGUUAAGGAGGGUGUCAUCAGAAAAGACAGUAUAUGGGACAAGCUCAUCUUCCACAAAGUUCAGGAGUCGUUGGGGGGACGUGUGCGAGUGAUGGUUACGGGAGCAGCGCCCAUCUCUCCCUCCGUUCUCAACUUCCUACGGGCAUCUCUGGGGUGUCAGAUUUUCGAGGCGUACGGCCAAACAGAGUGUACUGCCGCCUGCUCCUUCACUAUGCCGGGAGACGCCACUUCUGGGCAUGUUGGAGCUCCUAUACCUUGUAACAUUGUGAAACUGGUUGAUGUUGAAGAGAUGAACUACUUUGCUUCCAAUGGUGAAGGGGAGGUCUGUAUCAAAGGUAAAAACGUGUUCAUCGGAUACCUAAAAGACCCUGAGAAGACAGCAGAGGCCCUGGACAAAGAUGGCUGGCUACACACCGGAGACAUUGGCAAAUGGCUACCGAGUGGAGUCUUGAAGAUCGUUGACCGCAAGAAGAAUAUCUUCAAGCUGGCUCAGGGAGAGUACAUCGCCCCGGAGAGGAUAGAGAACGUGUACAUCCGCAGUGCACCUGUAGCCCAGGUGUUUGUCCAUGGAGACAGUCUUCAGGCCAGCUUGGUAGCCAUUGUGGUCCCUGACCCAGAGGUCCUGCCAGGUUUCGCCCAGAAACUAGGAGUCCAGGGUUCUCAUGAGGAGCUGUGCAAAAGCCAAAAAAUCAAAAAGGCCAUUAUCGCUGACCUGGUCAAGCUGGGCCGGCAAGCAGGGCUGAAGUCAUUCGAACAGGUGAAAGACCUGUACAUGCACCCAGAGUUGUUCAGCAUAGAGAACGGCCUUCUCACUCCUACGCUGAAGGCCAAGAGGGUUGACCUCAAGAAGCUCUUCCAGCCGCAGAUCGACAGUCUCUAUGCUAGCAUGGAGUGACUGGCCUGAGGGGGUAGAAGGAGGAUGAAGUAGGGUCCGAUGGGCAACAGCUUCACUUCCUGUUGACCUUUCAGUCGAUAAAUACUGUACAUUUUAUGGAAGAGAGAAUUUACAUGGGGAAUGUGUAAUUACUUUUGUUUCAUUAAAACACGCACCACCACUA